CCCUACCAGGAGCAUGUUGCCCACGAAGGCAUAACUAUAGGCUCUCUAGGACACAGAAACGCCUCAAUUCUUUUUGUUUUUAUGUCUGAACGCCUCCAGUUGUUUUGAGCAUCUCCCACUAGUACGAGAUGCCUGAGAAGACCAAGGAAAUUAUGUCUCCUGGCUGGUUUGGGAACAGGUGGCUGGGAACUUAGACUUCUGCCCCCCAUGACCUGGCCAUCGAAAAGUUGCGAAGGGAUGGAUGAAUGGGGAGUUGUAGCUCUACUUACUGCAGUUCAAACUCUAUGCCUUCUUUAACUCAGAUAUGACUCAGCUUAAAAGCAUUUGGAGUAAUGGCGGUCUAAGGGUGAAACCAUAUUCCUGUAUUCUUCCCUAGUAAAAAUACAAUACUAAACCAAGUUCAGUCCUAUAUUCCUUCAAGUGUAAAGUAUAUCUGAAUGCUAAUAUCGCUGAUAUUAUGGAAGCUACUGCUCAAAAAAUAAAUGUAGAAUUCAGUUUUAGCACAUUACAGUUAGGGGGUUUUGAGGUUUUGGAAGAUUCACUGUGGCAGCUGUUAGUGUCACAAGGUGGUCACAAAGUGACUAAUGUUUAACAAGUGAGUAUGUUGAUUUUAAAUCUCCAGAGUAACACUCAAACACGCUCUACAUUAACAUACUGUACCUCAGGGAAGGUGGCUAAAAUAUCUUAUCUUUUAUCUUUUGCGCAAAAUCAUUAAACCAGACCUGAAGACAGAUAUUGAGUGCACAGUGCUGACCUUUUGGAGUUUUUGAUAAUGCCCAACAAAGCCCAGGAGGAUGCUGUGAUCAAUCUAAAGACGCUGCAGGAGAUUUCCAGGCAGCUUGGUUUUGAGUGGACAGUUUUGGCAUAUGAGCUUGGCUUCAACAGAACUGAGAUAGGACGCUUCCACGCCAGCUCUACAGAGAAGAGUGUCCAGGCCAAGGCCAUGCUGGAAAGCUGGUACGAGAAGUCAUGGGACAAGCCAAAUAAGACCAAGCUGCUGCAAGACGGACUGGAACGAGCUGGCAGACGGGACCUGGCUGAGAGACUGCAUUGCCUUCACUGGGGUCACCAGAAACUGAGUCAAAGGGUGGAGCUUCCCUCUGCCUUCCCCUUCCUCAUCACAGUCCACAGGACCAUCGACAACCGAGACGCACUACGUAAAAUCAACGACCUAAGUCGUAGAUUCACUUAAACCUGGGUGAAAACGCAAGUAGCUGUGGCUAUGUCUGUAAUUUGUGUUCUACAUGUGCAUAUGUGAUACUGCAAAGAAACAAAUGGACUCAGAGUCAAUUAACCAACAAAUCAUGAUAUAUGCUACUUUUUGUAGUGCAAGAAAUUAAAGCUUUGCAAUAAGGAUAAAGGCUGUCUUUGGAAUCCUAAAUAAACUUUUGAUUUUAAAAAGUUUAUUUAUUUUAAUUGAUGUACAAACGACAAAGGUCAAGACAGUUUAUGUGGAUCAACUGUGUAUAUAUGUUGUUAUAGUUGGCUACAAAGAGCACAGGUGUAAAUGGAAAAGUCUGCAGUAAGGUAUGGCUGAUGGGACCAUUUUAAGGAGAGAUAAUUAUUGGUGGAUAUGUAUACUGCAUUUAAACAAACAUCUGACCAUAAAGGGCCAGUAUGCACAUGUGGCUGAAUGAUGCAUAUACUAAACUGCAGUGCAAGGGACAUGAUUUUUUAAUGAUGGUAUGAAUCCAUAUAUUUCAUAUUUUUUAUGCAUAGUGUCUGGCUGUCACAUAUACCACAGAGAAGAAGCUCUAAUGUGUUACAGCAAAUCAAAUAAAUAGCCCAUGCCAGACUAUAGAGACUUCAGUAUUAAUCAUAAAUGGGGUUUGGGGAGUUAUUAAGCAUUAAAUUAAAAUAUUAUAGUUUUAUAGUGGCAAUAUGUGCUGGACAACUAUCUAACUGAGAGCAGGGACUCAUAAAACACAUUUAUUGAUUCACGCUGAGAGUUGGAUGAAAGGAUGACACCACAGAUGAUGAUACCGC